AUGGCCUGGCGGAUGACACAGUUGCUGCUUCUGGCUUUGGUGGCUGCUGCAUGGGGUGCCCAGCCCAGGACUCCACAGGCCAGGACAGACCUGGUCAACGUCUGCAUGAACGCCAAACACCACAAGACAAAGCCAGGCCCUGAGGACAAGCUACAUGACCAGUGCAGUCCCUGGAAGAAGAACGCCUGCUGCUCCGUCAACACCAGCCAAGAAGCCCAUAAGGAUAUUUCCUACCUGUACAGAUUCAACUGGGACCACUGUGGCAAGAUGGAGCCCGUCUGCAAGCGCCACUUCAUUCAGGACACCUGCCUCUAUGAGUGCUCACCUAACCUGGGGCCCUGGAUCCAGAAGGUGAACCAGAGCUGGCGCAAAGAGAGGGUCCUGAACGUGCCCCUGUGCAAAGAGGACUGUCAGAGCUGGUGGGAAGACUGCCGCACCUCCUACACCUGCAAGAGCAACUGGCACAAGGGCUGGAACUGGACCUCAGGGUAUAACCAGUGCCCAGUGAGAGCUGCCUGCCACCGCUUUGACUUCUACUUCCCCACGCCUGCUGCUCUGUGCGAUGAAAUCUGGAGUCACUCCUACAAAGUCAGCAACUAUGGCCGGGGCAGCGGCCGCUGCAUCCAGAUGUGGUUCGACCCGGCCCAGUGCAACCCUAACGAGGAGGUGGCAAGGUUCUAUGCUGAGACCACAAAUUCUGGGGCCAUGCCGCAGGCGAUUGGACCUCUCCUGCUCAACCUGACCCAGAUACUGCAACGCUGGUUCCUUGGCUAA